GGGGGCAUCCAGAACCUUCAUCCCCCACCUGUGACGGGGCAUCCAGAACCUUCAUCCCCUACCUGUGACGGGUGGCAUCCAGAACCUUCAUCCCCUACCUGUGACGGGUGGCAUCCAGAACCUUCAUCCCCUACCUGUGACGGGUGGCAUCCAGAACCUUCAUCCCCUACCUGUGACGGGUGGCAUCCAGAACCUUCAUCCCCUACCUGUGACGGGGGGCAUCCAGAACCUUCAUCCCCUACCUGUGACGGGGGGCAACCAGAACCUUCAUCCCCUACCUAUGACGGGGGGCAUCCAGAACCUUCAUCCCCUACCUGUAACGGGGUGCAUGCAGAACCUUCAGUUCCCACAUGUGGUGUAAGCCAAGGCACCAACCUAUACCCGAUACUAACUGACGAGGUGUGGGGUCUGGAUUGUGCAGCAUUAGUGAACGAAGGAGACCAAGUCACCUCCCCCUGUGACCCACAACGCUCCAGGGAGGCCGAGCAAGCCGAAUGUUUGCCAGACAACGACAUUAACAACAAGCUACUGGUGGCGGCGGCGGAGGGCAAGACUCGUGAGGUGAAGGCGCUGGUGAAGCAGGGAGCUAACCUGGAGGCGAGGAGCACCAACCCAGGCGAGGAGGGUCUGACGCCGCUACACCUGGCGUGUUGGGGAGGACACAAAGACGCUGCCGUGAAGCUGAUCAACCUGGGGGCCAACCCACAAGCUCUGGCCGGAGGGCGUCUGGCGGUACACUGGGCAGCCUAUGGAGGUCACGUGGAUGUGUUGAAGGCGCUGAGUGACCUAGGCUGUGACCUGGACGUGAUCUCAGCCGACAAGUCCACGGCUCUCCACCUGGCGGCCGACAACGGUAACUUUGAGGCGGUUCAGUGGCUGGUUGAGCACGGUGUGAGUGUCCACACCCUGAAUGGUGACACGAGGACCGCAUUGGACCUGGCCAAGGCGUCCAGGUUUAAGGCUGUCUCACUUUACCUGAAGCGUAAAGGAAAGGAGGAGCUGCUAGUGCGGUCUGUGUCACUGAGAAUGAUCAUCUCCGUCAAGAAACUUCUGGAGGAGGGAAUAAAUGUGAACGCCUCCUCCUACAAGAAGGGUCAGGAAGGUAUGUAUCCCACCAGAGAGAGAGAGAGAGAGAGGUUGUUGUGGUUGUGAGGUGUCUUUAUGAGU